UGUGUAAAAUGGACAAGCAAAAAUUGAAUAAACACGAAAGACCUGUAAGAGUUUUAUUUGUGCACGUAAGUCAUUUUUACUUUUCGGUGGCCGCUGGAAUGAUGUCAAAAUUUCUGCACGAAGAUGUAAUCUACUUAGAAAGCAAUUUCACGCACGAACCGCAGCACAGCAUUCUAGAUCCCGAUACAACGUCUCCAAUUUCCAUGAUUUUUACUGUGCUAAUACUGACGAUAUCGUCGUGCGGAAUAUUCACGUCACUAGUGCUACUCUACGGCCUUUACAUGGAUAAAAGGGCGUUAUUAAUUCCAUGGGUGGCGACAGUGACCGUUUUUAUUAUGGUCGACAUAGCACACUGCAUCUACAUUUUCAUCGACCAUACGAUGAAGAUAAAUCCUCUUAGCGCCAUAGUCUUUACCUUCGACUUUUUUGUGGGAUCAUUAAACGUAUACGCCUUACUAUGUGUGAUAUCGCAGUAUCAAGAGUUAAGGGCUGGUAGGGGACGAGCGUGCGACGAACAAAACCAGAGGAUGGUUAUUCAGCAAGGAAAUUGGCAACUUUGCCCCCAUUUAACCAACUUUCUAUCUCUUAAGAUACCAAGUAUCCACUACAGCACCCAAGGGACUGCUACUAGUUUCGCAAGCGCUCGUAAACCAGUGACAUAUCUCGAAACACGGCCCACACCAACCCAAAGUCCAACGGGCACAGGUCCACGCACUUCCCUUGCAACCGAAGAAGCGUCACCGACACCGACGGCAACAAGACUCGGUCCAAGAAAAUCUGUGAAAUUCGAACAUCCGUCGCAACUAUUAGAACCGUGGACCAUCGAAAUGAAAUCGCCAACCCUAGCGAGGGGCGCCGAUACCGCACCACUCAUCGAACCGAUUUGCGAAUUGAAAAUUAAACCGCGUUUGUAAUACUUAAGUGUUAGUUAGGCGCUUAAAACUAUUUAUGAAAGAUGUGAUAUUAGAAACAGGAAGAUAUUUUUAAAAAUUCGUGUUUAUAUUUAGUAUGGUCAAUUGGUGCGUAAUUAUUUAGAAUUUAUAUACCUGUUUUUAUAAAAAUGUCAAUUAUAUGAAUUUUAUUGUUUUGAA